GGAGGCCGCUUCGGGCGGUGCUGCGGGCGGGGGCCGGGGCGGGGAAGGGGGUGGGCGGGGGCGGCGGCGGGACUCCAUUAGCGGCGGCGCGAGCCUCCGCGGCCCUCAGAGCAGCGACGCAGGCGCCGGGCGGGAGGCGCACGGAAGGAGCCAUGGCCCUGGACGGGAUAAGGAUGCCAGAUGGCUGCUACGCGGACGGGACGUGGGAGCUGAGCGUCCAUGUCACCGACCUGAACCGCGACGUCACCCUGAGAGUGACCGGGGAGGUGCACAUCGGAGGGGUGAUGCUCAAGUUGGUGGAAAAACUCGAUGUAAAAAAAGAUUGGUCUGACCAUGCUCUCUGGUGGGAAAAGAAGAGAACCUGGCUGCUUAAGACACAUUGGACCUUGGAUAAGUAUGGUAUCCAGGCAGACGCCAAGCUCCAGUUUACUCCUCAGCACAAACUGCUUCGGCUGCAGCUUCCCAACAUGAAGUAUGUGAAGGUGAAAGUGAAUUUCUCUGACCGAGUCUUCAAAGCUGUGUCUGACAUCUGCAAGACCUUCAAUAUAAGACACCCUGAAGAACUUUCUCUCUUAAAAAAGCCCAGAGAUCCCACAAAGAAAAAAAAGAAAAAGCUAGAUGACCAGUCUGAAGAUGAAGCGCUUGAAUUGGAAGGACCCCUUAUCACUCCUGGAUCAGGCACUGAUGUUCUUUACAUUGGCCCUCUGAAAGGAAGCAUAUAUUCCAGCCCGGGACUUUACAGUAAAACAAUGACCCCAACUUACGACGCUCAUGAUGGAAGCCCCUUGUCACCGACUUCUGCCUGGUUCGGUGACAGUGCCCUGUCAGAAGGCAAUCCUGGGAUACUUGCUGUCAGUCAGCCAGUAACAUCACCAGAAAUCCUGGCAAAAAUGUUCAAGCCUCAAGCUCUUCUUGAUAAAGCAAAAACCAACCAAGGGUGGCUUGACUCCUCAAGGUCACUAAUGGAGCAAGACGUGAAGGAGAACGAGGCCCUGCUGCUCCGAUUCAAGUACUACAGCUUUUUUGAUUUGAAUCCAAAGUAUGACGCCAUCAGAAUCAAUCAGCUUUACGAGCAGGCCAAAUGGGCUCUUCUCCUGGAAGAGAUUGAGUGCACAGAAGAAGAGAUGAUGAUGUUUGCAGCCUUGCAGUAUCAUAUCAAUAAGCUGUCAAUCAUGACAUCAGAAAAUCAUUUAAACAACAGUGACAAAGAAGUCGACGAAGUUGAUGCUGCCCUUUCCGACCUGGAGAUCACUUUGGAAGGCGGGAAAACAUCAACAAUUCUGGGUGAUAUUACUUCAAUUCCAGAACUUGCUGACUAUAUUAAAGUUUUCAAGCCUAAAAAGCUGACUUUAAAAGGGUACAAGCAGUACUGGUGCACUUUCAAAGACACAUCCAUCUCCUGCUACAAGAGCCGAGAAGAGUCCAGUGGCACACCUGCUCAUCAGAUGAACCUCAGAGGAUGUGAAGUUACCCCAGAUGUAAACAUUUCGGGCCAGAAGUUUAACAUAAAACUCCUAAUCCCGGUUGCAGAGGGCAUGAAUGAAAUCUGGCUUCGUUGUGAUAAUGAGAAGCAGUAUGCGCACUGGAUGGCAGCCUGCAGAUUAGCCUCCAAAGGCAAGACCAUGGCAGACAGCUCCUACAACCUAGAAGUGCAGAACAUCCUUUCCUUCCUGAAAAUGCAGCAUCUGAACCCAGAUCCCCAGCUAAUCCCAGAUCAGAUCACAACCGACAUCAAUCCCGAGUGUCUGGUGUCCCCUCGCUACCUAAAAAAGUAUAAGAACAAACAGCCAAGCUAUAUAAGAGAUUUGAUAACAGCAAGAAUCUUGGAAGCCCAUCAGAAUGUAGCCCAGAUGAGUCUGGUUGAAGCCAAGAUGAGAUUCAUUCAAGCUUGGCAGUCUCUGCCAGAGUUCGGCAUCACGCACUUCAUUGCGAGAUUCCAAGGUGGCAAGAGAGAAGAACUUAUUGGAAUUGCAUACAACAGAUUGAUUAGGAUGGACGCAAGCACGGGAGACGCCAUCAAAACAUGGCGGUUCAGCAACAUGAAGCAGUGGAAUGUCAACUGGGAGAUCAAGAUGGUCACUGUGGAGUUUGCAGAUGAGGUGCGGUUGUCCUUCAUCUGUACCGAAGUCGACUGCAAGGUGGUGCAUGAAUUCAUCGGUGGUUACAUAUUUCUCUCAACUCGCGCGAAAGACCAGAAUGAGAGUUUAGAUGAGGAGAUGUUCUACAAACUCACCAGUGGGUGGGUGUGAAUUGGAGAACUGUAACGAAACUCCACAGCCAUAACAAUAUUUAACUUUAAAGCUAUUGUUUCUUAUAUGCUGCUUAAUAAAGUGAGCUUGAAAUUUAUCAUUUUAUCAUGAAAACUUUCUGCCUUACCAGAAUAUGUGCACUAACAAGCAGGAUUAUUAAUGUGCCGCCUACCUUGAGGCCGUAUGUGGACCGUGGAAUACCGAACAUUCCUUAGGGCCACAAAUCAAAAGCUGAAGUAGCGGGUGAAUCAGGAAACGGCUGUUGCUGAUUGACACUAGCCAACCUAAGAAACAAGCCAUCUACUCCCAAGUUACCAGGGCAUAUGUAACCUAUAUGAAGUCUAUUUAUCAUGUGUAAUGCAUGUGUUUAAUGUGUGUUUAAUUUGAUGCCCUCUCUGAAAAUCUCAUACUUCUGGUAGCCAGUUGAUCCCCUCUCCCAGGACAAAUCGGGUCUGCAGUAGAUGCUUGGUGUUUGAUGAUGUUGACCAUGAAGGAAACACUGUUAACCUGUUGUGCUCGGGUGGGUUUUGUCCUUGAGUAAGCAUGUUGUCCCUUGUCUUGUGUUUAUUUUACACCAUACUGUAUUACAACACCAGCAUAUUCGCCAUCUGCCUAAAAUAUGCAAUCUUUGUGUUACACUAUGAAGUAAAGAUCUAUGAAGUAUGCAUUUGUAACUAAUGUACAAACACAAAUUUUAUAAAAUUGUACAGUUUUUUUUAAAAACUAUUCACAACUAGGAAAUGACUUAAAUAUAGCAUCCUUGCAUUAAUUAAAUGCUUUUAAAGUAUAUAAUUAAUAUGCAGUUUCAGUAUCUGCUAAAUGAAGAAUGACUUCACGAUGGUCGUGACUUGCCAUAAUGCCCUUAACUCUACGGCCUGGACCGGCUGUGUUCUAGUCUGUUGCGCUGUUCCAUCUGCAUUGGUGCUAGUUAGACAAUCCCUAGCUCACGAGCCGCCCUGAAGGGCGCCAGGGAGGGGUGGACUUAGCAGUAUUGUCCAAUAAUCCAUGAUUUAAUGACUGUAUAAAUGCAUUUUAUUUUAAAUAAAAGCAAAACCUUUUAUUUAA